AUGCCUAAUCUUACCUCCACGUCUGAAUUCUUGCUCCUGGAAUUCUCAGAUAUCCGAGAACUACAGAUUAUACAUUUCUUUGUCCUCUUAGCAGUAUACUUGGUAGCAGUCACUGGCAAUCUUCUCAUCAUCACAGUUGUAGCGCUUGAUCAUCACCUGCAUGUGCCCAUGUACUUCUUCCUCAUGAACUUGGCCAUUCUGGAUCUUGGCUCAAUUUCUGUCAUAUUACCUAAAGCGAUGGCCAAUUUCCUCAUGAAUAGCAGAUCAAUUUCUUAUGCAGGUUGUGUGGCUCAGGUAUUUUUCUACUUCUUACUGGCAGGGUCAAAUUUUGCCAUCCUAACAGUAAUGGCACAUGAUAGGCAUAUUGCGAUUUGCCAUCCAUUACAAUAUGAGACAAUCAUGCAUGAAGCAGCCUGCAUUCAGAUGGCAGCCAGUGCAUGGGUUGCCGGUAUCCUUUAUGCCACCUUACACACUGGUGGCACUUUUACCAUCACCUUCUGCUCUAAAAUAAUCAAUCAGUUCUUCUGUGAAGUGCCACAUAUUGUAAAGCUUUCCUGCUCACACUUAUAUCUUACUGAAACUGGAAUUCUUCUCUUUAGUGGUGGCUUAUAUGGAGGAUGUUUUAUCUACAUCAUUAUAACUUACAUAAAGAUCUUUGCAACGGUUCUCAGGAUGCCUUCUGUGAACAGUCGCAAAAAAGCCCUCUCCACUUGCCUUCCCCACAUCACUGUGGUGUCUCUGGUUCUUUUCACUGGAAUGUUUGCCUAUGUGAGGCCUCCCAGUAAUACUUCUUCUGAGAUGAAUGUAAUUUGUGCUGUUAUGUAUGCUAUAUUACCUCCAUUGCUGAACCCUUUCAUCUAUAGCAUAAGAAACAAAGACAUCAAGACUGCAUUGCAAAAGCUCACUGAUUUUGGACAUUUUCCUCAAACCAGCUCCAGCAACAUCCUUCUAGCAAAACUGGGCUGA